AGGAUUGUGCGCCAUGGCGACAGGAGUUGGAAACGUAUUACACGGGCGAUGUGAUGCGGAUUGGCUGGUCCAACUGUACUCCCAGCAAGUGGAGCAAGGAACCAUGGGAAGUGGCAAAAGUGUUCAUGCCCAAGGAUCCGACAGCAGACAAUACAGGUCCUGAGAAGUCAGAUCCUGCAGCACUGUUGAACUUCCUUAUACACUGCACAUAUUGUAAGAAAUAUGUCAGGGUUAAGUCUUCACAAAAGGUUAUAGAAGUCCGCAAUCAAACUAUGCAUUCCAAGGAUCUGACAUUCGACCCUCAGACAUUCAACAACCACAUGGACAAACUACUGAGGCUGAUGGGUGAUCGAAACUUGACCUCUGACCCAGCUGCACAGAAGGCAGCAGAUGAGAUUUUAAAGAUCAAGAAAUCAGAAUUUCACAUAGGUGCCAACAAAGCUUGCCUGGAUGCCGAGAUUCGUGUGUUCAGAGAGUUCAUGGCAGAACAGGAGAAGUUUCUUCAGCUUCACAAGGAAGAGUUGGAGGAUCAUGGUACUCGACUGGACUCCCUUGAGGGAAGCAUACCACCUGUGGAAGAGAUUCUGAAGACAUUGGGCCCCAUAUUGGACAUUGUAAACAACAACCCUGAUCUGCAACACUUCCUGAAAGACCAGGCUAUGGAGCUGUUCACCAUCUCACAACAGCUCCAGGACAGACUGGGUAAUGUGGAAGGUGCGGUAAGUCAGCUGGAAGAGACGGUUGCUGAACAUGGGGUACAGAUUGACGUAAACACACGACUUCAUGAGGAAAUCAGCGACAAAAUCAGUGACGUACAACAGAAGCUAGGUCAACUGAAGCCACCAUCCAGUAGCACCAGCUUCUCAUCAGAUGAGCAGACCAGUGCAUUUACAAGUGCCCUCACCACCAACUACAGCAACACUUUAAAGACUCUGAAGCCUUUGCCUUGGGAUGAUAGGUUUUGUCUUGACCUAGAUAAGAUUUUCACUCGUCUUUUACUGAUUAGUACUAAGGGCCUUGAAGAUAGGGCAGUGUUUUAUAAAUCACUUGAUGAUGUUUUUGACCACCAGCCUGAAAGUCCAGGUCUGUCCAAGAGAUUCAAUGUUUUGGUGGUUGGAGAUGCAGGGAGUGGGAAGUCAACUCUCUUUUCUAAGACUGCCCUUGAUUGGUCAUGUAAGAAAGGGAGACUUGCAGAUAGGAAGAAGAUAGUCUUGUUGAUUCGGUUAAGAGAGGUUGAGCCAGGAGAAUCCAUUGCAGAAAUAGUGUGGGACCAGUGUGUUACAAAGUCAGCCAAGGGAAUCAGCAUUUCCAGUAUAGAGACAUGCCUCCAAGACUAUGAGUCUGACCUUGUAUUUCUCUUAGAUGGGUAUGAUGAGCUGGUUCCAGAUGCCAAGGGGCCAAAACAGGCUGUUCCUGAACUUCUUGCAAAGAAAUGGUACCCUAAUUGCAUGGUCAUAGUCACUUCUAGACCUUCUUCAGGUAUCGAACGCUACAUGGCAGUUGACUGUCGAGUUAAGGUUUUGGGCUUUUCUUCACCUCUUGUUGAUAAGUAUGUCCCUUUGUAUUUCAAAUCUGUCGGGAAGCCAGAUUUAGUGGAUUCACUUGUCAAAGUUCUAGAUUCGAAAGCCAAUAUUGUAGCCAGAGGUCUGAUCCAGACCCCCAUGUUCCUCAUGCUUAUUUGUGUACUAUGGGAAGAGAAUCCAACCAUAGUUCAAUUCCCAGUGACGAUGUCAGGCUUGUAUCAGGAGUUACUGACAUGUGUAAUCAGGAAGUACUGUGUGCGAGAAGGUCUGCCUAUACCUAGUAAUAAGAAAGAGAUUCCUUCAGAGGUAUCAGCUGGACUCUGUCAUCUUGGUAAACUAGCCUUAGAGUCAUUGUUGAGAGGUGAAAGCCAUGUUGUUCUUGAGAAAACUGCUGCCUCUCAGAAUACUGAUGUUUUGCUUAAACUUGGCCUUGUUUCCAAAGAGGUCUCUGCAUCCAGACUACAUCCUAGAGAACAGUUGAACUUCCCCCACAAGAGCAUGCAGGAGUUUCUUGCAGCUAGAUAUUUUGCUGACAGAGUCAAUACUUCCUCAGAUGAUCUGCAUUCAUUAGUUUCACUGGACACAUUGUCAGCAGUUCUGCGUCGUAGGAACCUGGUGCAGUUUAUUUGUGGCUGUGGGGGUAAAGUCACCAGCAAAUUGCUUGAACAUCUUAACAACCUAUAUGUAACUGAAGGUGCAUCAUUGUUAGUAAACAUACGGAAAUGGGAUGAUGAGGAACAGGAUUAUGUUGAAUAUUUCGGCAAGGGCAAGUGCUUACAAAGUCUAUGCAUGAUGAGCUUGUAUGAGGGUCAUGAUGCCCAACAUUUGCCAAUACUGAGCAAUGUGUUUUCAUCUCUAGACUUGUAUAUCAAUGAAUUACCGAGGGUCUUACGUCGCCAUCAGGAGCACGGGUGCAAGCUUAAACCAAAGAAGUGCAUCAUGUUCAGGCGGCAAGUGAGAUACGUGGGGAAAUUAGUAACUGCUGAGGGCUACACCAUGGACCCCGAGGACAUGGCAGCUGUCAAUGCGCUGAAGGAGAAAACACCUACCACAGUAGGGGAUGUGCGGAAGCUGCUGGGAUUCCUUGGUGGACAGAAGACCACCAGAGAAUACUCUGCCAACUCACGGAACAGCUGA